UCUCUUUCAUUUCAAGCUGCUUUUUCCUUUUUUAUUUUUUUCUUUUGCUCAUUUUUUUUGGAUUUCUACUUUCAAACUCUCCUCAUUUUCUACUUCGUGGGAUUCUCGACUUUCAACAGUAUGCUAACAACCAUCAACAAUCCUCUCCUCAAAACAGCUUCAAUUUUGAUGAUCAAGAGAAACUUGGCAAAGCUUAACCAGACAAUGGGGUUUCGAAUAUCACAUUCCAAUAAGCAGAAGGUGAAGCCUUUCUCGGGUCCUGAGAAUAAUGGUACCAAUGGCUCUAUUAAAGGGAGAUUAUCAAGCGGCCCACUUGAUGUUGCAGCUGACUAUGCUUCAUGGCUGGUGAAGCACCCUUCUGCUUUGAACUCAUUUGAUUCCAUAAUAAGAGCAGCUAAGGGGAAAAAGGUCGCUGUGUUUUUAGAUUAUGACGGUACUCUGUCACCAAUAGUUGAAGACCCUGAUCAGGCCUUCAUGUCCGCUGAGAUGCGUGCGGCAGUUGAUGAAGUUGCAAAGUAUUUUCCAACAUCUAUAAUCAGUGGUAGGAGCCGAGAUAAGGUUGAAGAAUUUGUACAGUUGGAUAAUGUAUACUAUGCUGGGAGUCAUGGGCUGGACAUAAUGGUACCAUCCAAAGCGGUGAAAUCCUGCGAUAAAAAGGGGAAUGAGGGCGCCUUUCAACCUGCUAAGUCAUUUUUACCCGCAAUUCAAAAGAUAUCCAUAAAGUUGAAAGAUAAAAUUGGAGCAAUACAAGGUGCUAGGAUAGAGGAUAACAGAUUUUGCAUUUCUGUGCACUAUCGGCAAGUUCCGCCAGAGGACCAUGAAACUUUGAAGGAGGAAGUGAAAUCUCUAGUUGAAAAUCGUCCGGAGUUCCGUCUGACCGAGGGUAAAAUGGUUUUAGAAGUCCGGCCAUCAAUAGAGUGGAACAAAGGUAAAGCCCUCAAUUAUUUGCUUGAUAAUUUAGGAUUCAGCAAUGCCGAAGAGGUUCUCCCAUUAUACAUUGGAGAUGAUCGAACUGAUGAAGAUGCAUUCCAGGUCAUAGCUGCAGGUAGAGGGAAAGGGUUUCCCAUCAUUGUUUCUUCCAUUCCAACAGAAACCUUAGCUCGGUACUCCUUGCGUGAUCCAUCAGAAGUAUUAGCUUUCCUAUUACGUCUAGCAAAAUGGAGGAAAUCGGAGAUUGCCUUCGUCAAGUAGCUAGACGAUAUUUUGG